CGGGAGAGCUUUUUUCGGAUCCUCCCCUUCCUCUCCCUCCCCAGGCGUUUUCUUUCCUUUUUUUUUUUUUUUUUUUUUGAGAGGUUUUUCCCAACUUUCCAGAAGUUUCUCCCCGGCCCCUUAUAUACCCCCUCCGCCCGCCCGGGAGGUGCACAAGGGGAGCAGAGGAAAGGCAGCAGCCCCAUUCCGCAGGUCCCCAAGGGUGUUGGGUGCUGCCGAAACCAUGUGGAUUAUUGCGGUGCUCGCCCUCUGCGGCCUGGCUGCGGCCGUGCCCUCGGAGGACAGGAAGCUGAGCGACAAGGCCACGACGCUGGCCGACCGCAGCACCACGCUGGCCUUCAACCUCUACCACGCCAUGGCAAAGGACAAGGACAUGGAGAACAUCCUGCUGUCCCCCGUGGUCGUGGCCUCUUCCCUCGGCCUCGUGUCCCUCGGGGGCAAGGCCGCCACUGCCUCCCAGGCCAAGGCGGUGCUCAGCGCCGACAAGCUGAACGACGACUACGUGCACAGCGGGCUGUCGGAGCUCCUGAACGAGGUCAGCAACAGCACAGCCCGCAACGUCACCUGGAAGAUCGGCAACCGCUUGUACGGCCCUGCCUCCAUCAACUUUGCCGACGACUUCGUGAAGAACAGCAAGAAGCACUACAACUACGAGCACUCCAAGAUCAACUUCCGAGACAAGAGGAGCGCCCUGAAAUCCAUUAACGAGUGGGCGGCCCAGACCACGGAUGGGAAACUGCCGGAGGUCACAAAAGACGUCGAGAAAACUGAUGGAGCCCUCAUUGUCAAUGCCAUGUUCUUCAAGCCUCACUGGGAUGAAAAGUUCCACCAUAAGAUGGUAGACAACCGUGGCUUCAUGGUGUCCCGAUCCUACACCGUGGGUGUUCCUAUGAUGCAUCGCACAGGUCUCUACAACUACUAUGAUGAUGAGACAGAGAAGCUCCAGGUGGUAGAGAUGCCACUUGCUCACAAACUCUCCAGCAUGAUCUUUAUCAUGCCAAACCACGUGGAGCCUCUGGAGAGGGUCGAGAAACUGCUGAACAGGGAACAGCUGAAGACCUGGGCUGGCAAGAUGAAGAAGAGAUCUGUGGCCAUCUCACUGCCUAAAGUCGUCCUGGAAGUCAGCCAUGACCUUCAGAAACACUUGGCUGACCUGGGCCUGACUGAAGCCAUUGACAAAACCAAGGCUGACCUGUCAAAGAUCUCGGGCAAGAAAGAUCUUUACCUGUCCAACGUCUUCCACGCCGCUGCUCUCGAAUGGGACACGGAAGGGAACCCCUACGAUGCUGAUAUCUACGGCCGGGAGGAGAUGAGGAACCCCAAGCUCUUCUAUGCUGACCACCCCUUCGUCUUCCUGAUCAAGGACAGCAAAACCAACUCCAUUCUUUUCAUUGGCAGGCUCGUGAGGCCCAAAGGAGACAAGAUGCGUGAUGAGUUGUAGUUCUGUUUUAUUUUUUUUUCCAGAGCUUGUUUUGGUUUGUGUUUUUUAGUGGGGGAUUUCAAAAAAGGGGAAACACUAUUUUGUAUCCUUCUCGAACUAUGGGUGCUAUUCAGACCAGGGUGCAUUGUGAUGAGAAACCAGCAUACACUUUACCUCACCCCCAAAUACUCUUAUUGCACAAACCCACCUCCAGAGGAACAGGGGAGCCUGGCACAAGAGGGUCACCAGGAAUGGUUGGGAACCGGCACGUGCUCUCUGGGCACCUCAGCUGAGAUGCUCAGGCUGAUGCCUCGCACCUCCCUGCGCUAAAAUUAAGCCUCCUGCUACUACCACCAGCCCUGCAAAGGCACCGGCCCACCACCCUUCCAUCUCAAACGCUUGUGCACAUUUAGCUCUGCUUUCCACCCCCACCCCCCCCCACUUUGGUGCUGUGAAACGCUAUGCCGUAGCUGCUCUGAUCCCUCUGCAGUUGUCUCUUGCUUGUGAUGGAAGGCAGACGCACGCUUGUCUCUUUCUUUCCUAAGUGGUACAAAACAGAGCAAAACAAGGGCUGAUUCUGGGGUUCAGCCCCAGGCAUGCCAGCGGGAGCAGAACAGGACAGUGCCAGGAGGUAAGAGCCGAGGUUGCAUGGAGCUGUGCCUUUCUGUCCUGCCUAACCCUUGCUCUGGAUGAUGGGUAGAUGCUUCAGCAAGGCACCAGCUCCUUAGCUAGAACACCGCAAAGCCAGGCACAGCUUUGGUCUACGCUGCAGAGAAGCCAAAGAGAAGAGGAGCCUCUAGAACGAGGUCCCACUUGAGGUCCCUUCAAACGCUCCUGCGAGGAAUUCCUAUAAAUGGCUGUGCUCCACGUUUCCAGGAAUCACGGAGGGGGCUCUUGGGCCAACAUCCGUAAAUAAAACAUCCUGUACCGGG